AUGUGUAAAGCAGAGAAUUUUUUCAGGAUAAUUUACAAUGUUUUAAUAUCAGAGACUCAUGGCUAAAGUUGGAGAGGCUAUUGGCAACUUUGAUAGAAUGUUAUAUUCUGCCCUAUUAUUAAGGUAAUUACAGCAUAGUAAUUUCAGUUUACCUUACCACACAAAAUUUAAGGCUUGUGUCACAAGGCUAAUGGGAUUCCACUGGGAAGUUGGCAAGAGUUGAGUACACAUAUUUCUAGCUUUUGUCCAAACCAGUCUUUAGUCUGUCCCCAUUAAUUACAAAACUGCCUGGCUUUGGGUGUAAUAAGAUAAAAUCUUUCUGUUCUGGCCUGUGGCAUAGUAAUAACCUACAAGGAAAUACAUUAUUAGUGGUUCUUGGAAAAUCUUUGUAGCUAGAUGGCAAAAUCAAAGGUUAAUGUGUAGCAUUUGCAAUAAAGUAGGUGAUAAGCUGUUUGCAUUAGUUCCUAAAUAGCAGUUGGAGACAAAUCAACCUGCAAACUAAAAACUGACCUAGGUCUAGGGUCAGGGCCCCUCACUGAGGAGAAAACACUGAAAAUAAAAUCAGUUUGAGCAGGAUAAAAAAAAAAGACAAAAUGAGGGUUUGCAUCAAGUUGGGAGGAGUGAACACAGCCAGGAGAAUUUGAGAAAGUAAGUCACAAUAUUUCCACACUACUUGGGAGCCAUAUCGCUUUUCUAAAAGUUUAGAAAAAUUCAGUGUAAAGAUAUGCAGUAGAAAAUGUUAAAUCUCCUAACAGGUUAUCCAAAUGUAAUAUGAAUGCUUUAAUAUAAAAUGUAGGAAGGAUCUGGAGAAUUGCAAAAGUUGUUUAAAGCAUUCAUGGAUGCAUUUAACCUUGUGCCCAUGUUGCUGCCUAAGUCAGAAUUGGAAUAUUGAGCCAUGUUAAUAGUGCAACCAGAGCAGUAGUGGUUCCUUUUUUUUUCUUUCCCCUUUGCUUGGUCAGUUUCUUUGUGGCCCUUUUAUAUGCUGUGUUAGGUAAGAGCCUGAAAAGGGAGGAGGUUAUAAAGUCAGGGUUUAUUCACUUAGGAGGGAAAAAGAGGACAAGGCAUUUGAGGAAAUUGUGAUCUACUCAUUCCUUGUACGGUUUCUGAUCCAUGUGCCUUCUACUUUGACUUUUUCCCAUCACCUCUCCACUCCUUUCAUCUUUUCCCAGUUCAGACUACUGGGUAUAUCACUUAAAAUCACUGCCAUCGUUCUGCCAUGCUAGUCUUAAAUAAUUCUUGGUCAUGUUUUCUCCCAUCCCAUAUCCAGUUUUCUUCAACAAGUAGACUAAAUAGCUAUUUUAUAGAUGGUACUCAGAGAAAGCCCCUCAGACUUGUCCUACAACGUAAGCUCCAGGAGUAAAAUGACCUGCAUUUUCCCGAGUUUAGAAUGGUGCCCGGAACAUAACAGACGUCCAAUAUUAGUUGAAUUAAUAAAUGAUAAUCAUAAAUUAACACCCCCCAAUUAUGUAAGUCAGUAAGCAGGCACAAUUUUGUUUUUAUGACAAAAUUUAGGGUGGCCUGAGAAUCUCUGUAGCCUAGGCUUGGACUCAAACUUCAAUCCCAGUAUGCGCCACCACACCCUGCUACGAAUGAAUCUUCAAUACUGCAAAGCUGCAAACCUUUAGCCGCCUAGGCGUUUAAUAGAGCUCGCUGAAUGACAAAUCACGACUCUUCGUGGCCAGAGAAUUUUAGAGGGUAGACCCCUAAAUCGCCCACCCAGCCCCGCUGGCUGUCCGUAGUGGUCAAGUAAAGCCGGGUCUACACCGAUAUUUAAGUACCCCGGGAAACCCUAACAGCCUAUCCUUCGCGCGCUUCGGCGUCCCUGCCUGUCCCGCCCAUCAGCUUCCUUUUGGCAUCUAUUGGCUGCCUCGCGGGAAGCCCGCCCGUUAGAGGGAGAGGCCCGUUUCCAAGGCCUAUGGGAAUUGACAUAACUAGCCUGACGUCAUCCGACGCCCAAUCAGAAGGAGCAAUGUUCAGUUGUGUCCAAUGAGAUCGGGCUUGAGUCACGGCCCGCGGAGUUUAAUUUUCCAUCCAGGAACGUGGAAGUGGUGAGCCCCUCCAGAGGCUGCAAGGCUGGCAGAGUCUGCAAGGCUGGCAGAGUCUGCGCAGGACGUCGGGCUGCGCUUCCCCCUGCGUCACCCAGGCUGAGUGCUGUGCUCCAGGGUCGAGCCCCGGGCGGCCCAGGCCAUUCGCUGGAGCCGUCGUUACCUCCUGUGACUCAGGCCCAGGUGCGCCGGCCGGCUCAGAGUUGACUUCUGUACGCUUCCUCGUCAGCACUGGCGCACGCUGAAAGUUUUCACUCGAGGGUGCGGAUUUGGAGACUCGCUUCUAUAACGCCCUCCGCUUCCUGAUCCGUGGUUGCCCGAGGCUCGGUCCUGGAGGAGGUACGAAGAAACUGAUGAUGUUUCCCUAAAUUUGCUUCACCAAUGUCUCUCCUGUUGAAUAUCUUAAGAGAAAUGCUGGCGUAUUUUGGUGUUCCCAUAGACCAGAUUUUGCUGAGUUGGAACAAUAAGGACUAUGGAUCACAUCGGAGUAUUGUCCGCAUUAUUGGAAAAAUGCUUCCUUUAGAACCCUGUCGAAGACCUAAUUUUGAAUUGAUCCCGCCCUUGAACUCUAUAGAGUCUGAUACUUGUGGACCUAUAGUUCCAUCUUUUGCUGAUAUUUUGUCUGUGGCAAAUGAUGAAGAAGCCAGUUGUCUUAGAUUUCGAAGUAGCGUGUGGAAAAAUGAAGAAGAGGAGAAAAUUAAAACAUUUCAUUCUUUACAAAGAGUUUGGAAUCCACCGUCAUCUGCUCAAAGGCAGAACAAACCAGUGAAAAAUGAUCUCCCUGUAGAUGUAGCUGCAAUUAAAAAAAUAGCUGCCCUUGAAAAUGAGCUAAGUCUUCUUCGCUCCCAGAUUGCUGCAAUUGUGGAAAUGCAGGAACAGAAAAGUGGCACAAACUCUGGCUCUUCGAAUUUAAAUGAUGUGCCCAGCGGUGCAGGACAAAUUCCCUCAUCAGGGGCAGCUCAACCAUGUGUGGAACCAAAUCUGAGCUCACUGCCUCCUCCUCCUCCUCCACCACCACCACCGCUUCCUCCUCAGUUUCCUCCUUUCCAGCCUUCACAUUUUCUUCCCUUACAAUCAGAGCCUACAGUUGGUGACUCAGAUAAUCCAGCUACUGAAAUGAAAAAGCAGCACCCAGGAGCUAGUAAGAUGAAUUAUAGUCGUCAUUCAAAAAGCUGGAGAAAUAAAGAUGUUCCGAACAUGUUAGAUGUUCUAAAGGAUCUGAAUAAGGUUAAGCUUCGUGCUGUCAAGCGGUCGCCUGAUGGUAGACCCAUUCAUAAGAGGAAAAGACAGAGUUCAGAGUGGGAUCCAGUGUCUGUAAUAUCACAGGCACUUAAGCAGAAAUUUGCAUUUCAAGCAGAUGAUUCCUUUGACAAAGAAAAUAGAUCUUGGGAGUCUUCUCCAUUUUCUAGUCCAGAAACUUCAAGGUUUGGACAUCACAUUUCACAGGCAGAGGGACAGUGAUCUAAGGGGAGAACUGCUAUGCACAGAAGUCGUUGGCCAAGGUCACAAAGCUGUGUCUACACUUGGAAGGAAAGAUGCAGAAAUAACACUGGCCUGCCUUUUGCUGCCUUUCAAAGGAUCUCAUCUUCUGUUAAGUGAGGUUGAAUGAUAUUGUGGACUGAGAGAUAUCUCGCCAGCUUGAGGAAGACUCUUAAGAAUACCAGUUUCUGGCUUUGGAAGAUCCUGCAGAUAACUGGCUAUUGCAGAGAGUUAGGUGGAUGAACCCUC